AUGUCCGCUCUGUCCGACUACUCCGUCCCCAGGGAGGCCGAGGCCGUUUUCCGUCGACAGAUUCUGCGAAACCCCCUGAUGCAAGACCUGCCUGGAGAGCUGCAUGAGCUGGGCCGGUUGGUCCGCUUUCGGGGGAAUGCGCUGCCCGGGAUCCCAGUAAACUGGCGGUGGGCCGAGAGCAUCUCUGCGCUCAAGGCAUUCGAGGCUACGAUGCUGAACCAUCUGCUGAGCUGCAAGUACGGCGUGUCUCCGGUCGAGGUGACCAUCAAUACCGAUCAUGCGUCCCUAUUUGUUCUGUCGCCGGCGCUCGCACGCAUCGUCGACGAAACGGGGCCGGCUUCCUCCACAGGCGGCAUCAGCCCAGACACGCUCAAGCCCUUUCGGAGCGAAGAAGAGCGCCACUCGGCCGAGAGUCUUCAUCGUAUCAUGGCCACCAACAUUUACAAGACUCGCGAUGGCCGCUUCUACCACGUACACGGAAGCCUCAACCCAGACACGACGCUCGCUGCUCUUGGCCUGCCGCCGGAGGGUGGGCCCGACGACACGCUCGAAGACGUGGUGGAGAGAUUCCAAAGCCGCGUCUCCCAGCUCGACGCCGCGGCGCUCGACGAGCUCAUCAACGAGCAGCACCGCCAGGCCGGGACCAUUGCAUGGAGCGCCGACGAGUACUGUGCCAGCGAGCACGGCAAGGCAAACGCCGACGUCGGGCUGUACGAGCUUGUCCCGGACCCUGAUUCCCACCAGCCGGCGGCGUGGUGGCCAGACCACAGCAGCCUGCCCUCGAGCCCGCAGCGGCCCCUGGCCGGCCUCAAGGUCGUGGACCUGACGCGCGUCAUAGCCGGGCCGACCAUCACCAGGAGCCUGGCCGAGCUGGGCGCAAGCGUCAUGCGCGUCACGUCGCCGCACCUCCCGGACUUCACCUCUGCCCACCGCGACCUCAACUGGGGCAAGUGGAACUGCUCGCUGCACCUGAGGGACGAGGCCGACCGGCUGCGGCUGCGCCAGCUCAUCGCCGAGGCCGACGUCGUCGUCGACGGGUACCGUCCCGGUGCGCUGGAGCGGCUGGGCUUUGGCAGGCGGGCCGUUUUUGAUCUCGUCAGGGGUCGGCAUCGGGGUAUUGUUCACCUCGGCGAGAACUGCUAUGGUUGGCAUGGUCCUUGGGCCCACCGGAGCGGGUGGCAAGGCAUCAGCGACGCGGCCUGUGGAGUGUCUUUGGCGUACGGCCGGGCCAUGGGAGUUGAUGAGGCCGUGACGCCUCCGUUUCCAAAUUCCGACCACUGCACCGGAGUCAUUGGAUGCACAGCCAUCUUGCAUGCCCUUGUCCAGCGGGCCGAAAAAGGGGGCAGUUACGGCGUCAAUGUCUCUCUCAACUACUACUCGCAAUGGCUCGUCCACUCCUGCGGCACCUACGACGACAACGUCUGGGCCCAUCUCUGGAGGCGCCACGGCUCGCCCGCCUUCCGGCACUACCAUAACACGCGCCGCACCGGACCCGCGCUGCUCCAACUGCUCCACCAGCACGAUGGUCAACAAGACGGCCUCUUCAACCCGGCCUUCUUUGGGCGGUAUCGGUCCGAGGCCGUUGGCGUUACCGUCGAUAGGCUUAGGCCCCUCGCCCAAUUUAGGGACCAGCUGGUCCAGCUGAGGUACAACGUGGGAACCAGGGGGAACGGUGUCGACGAGCCCGUGUGGCCUGAUGACCUGACCGUCGAGAUUGUGAUUUGA